AUGGACAAACCAAGCAUGCUGGCCUUCGGGCCUCAAGAGCCAUGCCCAAACACCUCCACCAUGCAGCGGCUUCGCCAUGUCUUGCAAGACGACCCAGCCCUCCUCGAUAUGCAGCAAUGUAUCCAGGAUCUGCCAGUCUCCUGGAAUGUCCUCGUCGAGCAAGACGAGCGCUUAGGAGCCUUACCUGGCGCUGCCAAUGUAGCUGCUCUCAAGUCGUGGCUCCUGGACAGCAACAGCCACGAGAAGGCAGACGCUACUGCAAACCAGAUCACUAUGCCUCUGACCGUAAUCAUGCAUUUGGUUCAGUAUCGCCAGUACCUACAGCAGUUCUCGCAGACAACAUACUCCUCGAUCAUGCAGAAUGUUACUCAUGGUGGCGUGCAGGGCUUCUGCACCGGGCUUAUCAGUGCACACGCUGUCGCAACCAUGAAGUCUGCAAAAGACUUUGGCGCUUGUAGCUCUUCAGCCAUCAGGCUGGCGUUGUGUAUUGGUGCUCACGUUGAUCUCGAAUCGCUCAAGAAUGGCCAGCAGGUCGUGUCUGCCAUUGUACGGUGGUCGGGCGAUGAUGGUGGCAAGCAGGUCGAGGCCACUCUAGCACGCUACACCGAUGCAUACAUCUCCGUGGUCUCUGAUGUGUCUUCUGUCACAGUGACUGCCAACACCUCUGAUAUGGCCGCUAUCACAACAACACUUGCCGGAUGCGGCAUGUCUGUCAAAAUGUUAGCUCUGACCGGCAGCUACCAUAGCUCGAGGAAUGAGCACAUCGCAGCUCAGGUCCGAUCCUCCAUGGGGUUAGAUGGCAACUGUUAUUCACUGCCUGGACUUCUUGCUCCGGUCCGCUCAAACAGCACCGGCGACGUUCUCCCGGAGUCAAAUGCUAUCGGCUGCAUCAUCGAAGACAUUCUUUGCAAGCGAUCAGACUGGUACAACAAUAUGUCGAGGGCUGUGGAACCGAUCUCAUCAUGGCCCGAGGCCCGUACCACUAUAGUCGCUUUCGGAACUGUUGAGUAUAUGCCGUCGUUCAUCAAGUCAAGCUUCAUGGUCGCACCUCGACGUUUUUUGAAGGAAGAGGGUUCAUUCUCUUCGCCGAUCACUGCCGCCGGCGAAGACACUCUGCAUUAUCCUGAUCAUGCUGUCGCUGUCGUGGGACUCGCGUGCCGCUUCCCGGGCGCAGAUAAUCUCGACCAAUUCUGGGAUUUGCUCGAGUCUGGCAGAUCGAUGCACGAGCGUAUGCCAGCUGAUAGAUUCAAAACUUCCGACCUUCGAAGAUCGCACGACGGUGCUCCCUUCUGGGGCAACUUUCUGAAAGAAGUCGAUGCAUUCGAUCACCAGUUCUUCAAAAAGUCUAGUCGGGAAGCUGCAUCAAUGGAUCCACAGCAAAGACUUCUAUUGCAAUGUGCCUAUACUGCUAUGGAGUCCGCUGGUCACUUUGGCCCCUGGCCAGAACAGAGGGCCCGAGAUGUCGGUGUCUACAUCGGAGCCUGCUCGAACGACUACAAUGACAACGUCGCUUCGCACAACCCGACUGCAUACUCAACGUUGGGCACACUGAAAGCUUUCCUGACUGGUCGUAUCAGUCACUACUUCGACUGGACUGGACCAUCAAUUGUAUACGACACAGCUUGCUCUUCAUCUGCGGUUGCUAUCGAUGCAACAUGCAAGGCCAUCGCUUCAGGCGAAUGCAGUCAGGCUCUGGCUGGCGGCGUCUCUUUGUACACCUCACCGAACUUCUACCAGAACUUAGACGCGGCUUCUUUCCUAAGCCAAACAGGUCCGUGCAAGCCCUUCGAUGCCAGUGCCGAUGGCUAUUGCCGAGGCGAGGGUGUUGGGCUGGUGGUACUCAAGAGCCUCAAGAGCGCUCUGGCAGAUGGUGACGAUAUCCGCUGUGUCAUUGCAAGCACUGGCGUCAACCAGAACAGAAACUGCACCGGCAUUACUGUUCCACACGGUGGCUCACAAGCUGAGCUGUACCAGAAAGUCGUGUCGAAGAGCGGAUUUGAUGCUUCAGAGGUGUCCUAUGUGGAAGCUCACGGUACCGGUACGCCAGUCGGCGAUCCGAUCGAGUUUGAAAGCAUCACAUCGGUCUUCGCAAAGCACGGCUCAUCAAGGCAGUCGGCACUAUCCAUCGCCUCUGUCAAAGGCAGCAUUGGGCACUUGGAGGCCGCGGCAGGAGUGGCAUCGCUGAUCAAGGUCUGUUUGAUGUUUCAGCAUGCGAAUGUUCCACCACAAGCGAAUUUCUCCGAUACCAACCCGAAGCUCGCCAACGGUAUCUCUACACAGGUCAACAUACCGACCACUAUUCGCCCAUGGACCGCGCCACGUAAGAUUGCUUGCAUCAACAACUACGGAGCGGCUGGCAGCAAUGCAGCUAUGAUCGUGGCUCAAGCACCCGUUCAGACUUCUUCCACAAAGCUGCACAGAUUACCUCAUGGUGUCUCGUAUCCUAUUGUCAUUUCUGGCGAUGGUGUAGAUGCGCUACAAGCGAAUUGCCAGGCGAUCAAGACCUUCGCAGGCCGUCACCAAGACCGGACUCAAGCAUCCUUCAUUCCAAGUCUCGCCAACGCAUUGGGAAGCUCACAGAAUCGUGCACUAUCACACCAGGUCGUUGCAGUUCUACCAGCGUCGGGCGACAUUGAGCCAGCGCUAUCGAAGGCCCUCGCUGCACCGAUUCAAAGCCAGCAGUCAAAGCCCGUUGUUCUAUGUUUUGGUGGGCAGGUGAAGAGCUGUAUUGGCCUGGAUCGAGGCAUGUUUGAGUCUUGCCUUCUUCUACAAUCACACUUGCGGCAAUGCGACGAUAUCGUUCGUGGACUGGGCCACCCGAGCCUGUUUCCGAGCAUCUUCCAAACAGAGCCAAUCGAGGACAUCGUACAGCUGCACGCUAUGCUAUUUGCACUGCAGUACUCGUCCGCCAAAGCAUGGUUGAACUGCGGUCUACAGGUAGAUGCAGUCAUUGGGCACAGUUUUGGGCAGCUGACUGCUCUCACUGUCGCAGGCGGCCUCAGCCUCGGAGAUGGCAUCACUCUUGUUUGCGGUCGUGCGCGCCUGAUCAAGGAGCUAUGGGGCCCCAAUUCCGGAGACAUGAUUGCGAUCGAGGCAUCUGCCCAGAGUGUCCAGAAGCUCGUCGCUGCGGUGGAAGCCGAAGGCGCGACGCUGGAGAUCGCGUGCUACAACGGACGUUCAAGUCACGUUGUUGUUGGCACAGCUUCGUCUAUUGAUGCCUUGGAAGCGAAGCUGCCCGGCACCGGCUUCAAGUGCAGGCGUCUUCCGGUCACACAUGGAUUUCACUCGGUCUUCACGGAGCCACUUCUGCCCCAGCUCCGAGAGCUAGCAGCCACUGUCAGCUUUCGUACGCCAUCUAUACCAUUGGAGACCUGCACAAAGGAUGUCAGCUGGACGAACGCUACUCCUAGUCUGAUCGCACAGCACACUAGAGAACCAGUGUUCUUUGUCAACGCUGUCGAAAGACUUUCACGUCGCCUAGGACCAUGCACCUGGGUCGAAGCGAGCACAGGAGCGUCAGCUCCAGCCAUGGUCAAGAGGGCUUUGGGAGACUCCUCGAGUCAUACUUUCAUCCAUGUACCGCUCGGAUCUGACAGCGCUUUGAGCCUACUCUCUACGGCUACAGCUGACCUCUCGCGGCAAAAUCACUCUGUACGUUUCUGGCUGACCCAUCCCAUUCAAAGACCUGCCUACAUGACCCUCAAUCUUCCCGGACAUCAAUUCCGUGGCACGAAGCACUGGCUUGAAUGGAAGGACAGCGCUACCACAGCACCUAUCACAAGGCAGUCCGAAUUCCCUGCGGCCCAACAAAAGCACGAGUUGUUGACGUUCCAGCGCAAAGACCAGUCCACGGCGACCUUCACUAUUGAUCCAAUUAGUGAAGAGUUCAAGAUACUCGUGGAAGGGCACGCAGUGCUUGGGCAGCCUCUCUGUCCCGCUCCGCUCUACACUGCACUGGCGCUGCAGGCCGUCAGCAUACUUGCUGCACGAAUUGACAACCAAGCCCCAGAAGUACAAGACCUUCGGAUCAACUCGCCACUCGGACUAGACACGUCUCGCGAGAUCAAGCUGAUCGUAGGCAAUAUCGACAAAACAGACAGAUGGCCCUUCACUGUGCAAAGCUCGGCAGGGAUUGGCAACACCCGCUCUCAUGCUCAAGGCGUCCUUACCUUUUCAGCUUCGCAAGGAAGUCUCGGGUCAAAACUGGCGACCUUUGAACGGCUUACUGGUUUCAACAGGAUACAAGCGUUGUUGGAACAACCGGAAGCUGAGGUUCUGAAAGGACGUACCACAGUCUACAAGGCAUUCUCCAAAGCCGUCACCUAUGCUGCUUACUACAAGGGUGUGCAAGCUGUCUACAGUCAUCAACAAGACGCUUGCGGCCUCAUUACUGUUCCGAAGGACGAAGACCGCAUCAAGAACCCCAAGCUUGGCAUACCUGUGCUUGUCGACAACUUCUUCCAGAUUGCAGGACUCCACAUCAACAUUCUUAGUGAAUUGCCUGACCAUCAGAUCUUCGUGUGCACCCAGACGGAGCGUUUGAUCUACGGUGCCGGUCUGUGUGCGUCGCCGGGCUCAAAGUUUGCAGUCUACGCCACCGCUUCACGUACAGAUAAGGAAGCCAUCUAUGACAUCGUGGUUUUUGAUGCCGUCACGAGAUCUGCUGUGUUCGUGGCUGUGGGAGCACACUUUCACCGAGUGGCAGUAGCUGGGCUGCGCAAGGCGCUUGAGGGCGUCAAUCAGGUCGCACCACAGAUCGCGCCUGGCAACGCCGUGGAGCAGAACGACAGCUCACUUUGCCCAGAGUCACUCGACCAGCCAGUAUUGACGGCAUUGCAGACGUCCUCUCCAGCUCCACCGGCCACACGUAGGUCAUCGGUGCCGUCGGUGCUCGUGCAGCCAGCCGUGCCUAGCGUGAACUUCUUUUCAAAGGUCAGCAGUCUCUUGAACAAAGUGUCUGACAUACCUGUGGCGUCUAUACGACCAGAGUCCUCGCUUGAUGAUCUUGGUAUUGACUCUUUGAUGGUCAUGGAAGUUCAGUCGGAAGUUCAAUCGCAGUUCAACAUCAACAUUCCCACGAAUGACUGGCCUUCUCUUGACACCCCCGGCAGAUUGGCAGAGUACCUAUCUCAGCAGAUUCCAGGCGCUACUCCGGUGACCGUUAACAUAAGAUCUCCUGCAGUUGACCAGGACUCGUCCGAUAAGACGUCUGAAAACGGCUCUGUCACUUCAUCGAGCGAGAUUGACUCUAGCUAUCCUGGGACUGGAGCCACCACACCCGGAGUCUUUGAGACUAACGAGCCAGAAGAGUUAGUCACUCCCCCCAAAUCUACAGCCUCUAUUGGCUCUCGCGCUCAGCGCUCGUUCCUGGAAGUGCAAGGCACGUACGAUUCGUUCGCUGCGCAAGAAGGUUUCAGCGGGUUCUGGUCAAAGGUCUAUCCGACUCAAAAACGCCUCACACUAGCUUACGUGGUAGAGGCCUUCGCACAGCUCGGCUGUAAUCUCUCAAGUAUCGUGUCUGGGCAAGUCCUUCCUACCAUCACAUACCUUCCCGAGCACGCGAGCUUGGUCCAGCAGCUAUACAAAAUACUGGAAGACGCUGACCUCAUCUCCAAAAAGCAUGGCAUAUUCUGCAGAUCGGAGGUCUCAAUGGAUCCAACGCCAGCAUCGGAGAUCCUGGACCAUAUCAUUGCGGCCUUUCCACGGCUCACAGACGAACAUAGGCUCCUGGCAGUCACUGGCUCCCGUCUUGGUGACUGUCUAGCUGGGAAGGCCGAUCCGCUGCGUCCACUCUUUAUGGACAAGCAGAAUAAGAAUCUCCUAGAGAAUGUCUACACCAACGGACCGAUGUACAAGGCUAUUACUCGUCUGCUCGGUGUUUAUCUGCUGUCAACAUUCUCGCAAUCAGAUGUCACUCAACCUAUCCGCAUCCUUGAGAUAGGCGGCGGAACAGGAGGCACUACGAAACACAUCAUAAGUCUGCUGGAAUCUCAAGGCCUCGACUUCGAGUAUAUCUUCAGCGAUCUUUCCCGCGGCUUGGUCACUAAUGCGGAAAAGAAGUUCGCCUCUCACCAAAACAUGAGAUUCAUCACCAUGGACGUCGAGAGCCCACCUUCAACCGAGCACCUGGCGAAGUACGACUUGAUCUUGUCAACAAACUGCAUCCAUGCCACCAAAGAUCUGAAGCGGACAGGCCAGCAUAUGCAGCAAAUGCUCAAGCCAGGGGGGUUCGUGUGUCUUGUGGAGUUCACACGAAACAUCUUCUGGUUUGAUCUAGUCUUUGGGCUGCUAGAUGGCUGGUGGCUCUUCGAAGAUGGCCGCGAGCACGUUCUAGCUGACGAGCAAUUCUGGGACCGGAGCUUGCGUACUGCAGGGUUUGGGGAAGUGAAGUGGACUGGUGGAGACUCUGAGGAGUCGCAAACACUGCGAAUCAUCACCGCGUUCAAGUCCAGCUCAAUGUCAGCGAUUCCAGCUCCAGUACGCGCAACUACAACCCAACACCGUGCGGUGGAAGCAAGCUGGCGAUAUCGAUCUCAUGGCAGACAUUUACCUCCCGAGGGAAUGCAGCAAUGCUGGUGA